UGAAGGUGUGUCGGAAUUCUUGCUCGGAAGAAAACGAGGCGGGACUAGUCUCCUGCAGUCCUGACUGUGUUCACCUUUGACUCUCGGAGUAGUUGAGGCGCACUUCAGUGACACGAGCUAUGUGAGCGCGAGAGCGUUACGCGAAAAAACAUACCAUAGCAGCAGCUGCCAGGUCGUCUAAAUAUUGUAGUUUCGAUCAAGCGUUCGAUCCACUGUACGUCAAGACAUUGUUUAAGAUUUCCGAGACUAUAGCCAAGAAUUUUGAAAAAGGAUGUCGUCUGUUAUAGGGAAGUUCCGCAUGUUCGUGCCUGCAGCGACUGCAAAGCCGAGUCCUGCGAUUGGCCAAGCAUUGGGACCUCUGGGAAUCAACAUGAUGAACUUCACCAAGGACUUCAACACGCGCACAUCUUAUGGCUGGUUUGUGUGCAAGUGCACUGUGCACACUGACACUCCUCGGAGGUGAAUCAGGUGCCCGGGCGGGCUCACUGCGCAGGAUCCAUAACCUAACCGAACCACACUCCUUCAAUCAAUUCUUUGGACGAAAGAAAACCUGAACAAGUUAAGUAGAGCUAUCCAUGCUCUUGUUUUUCAUAAUAUCAUGCUAUGAAACUAUGUGUCAAGAAGAGGCUUGUUGCACAGCUAGUGCUUGCUGUCGCUAGUUUCCCUUGUUUUCUGGCGUUGACUCUAAAAACUCAGAGUUCGACCCGAGGUGCCCCUUCAAGUGACCCUGUUUCCGAAGACGGAUAAGAGUUUUCGCUACCUGAUUCGGUCACCGAGCACCAAGUGGUUUCUACACCGCGUCGCUAGGUUACCGAUGGCCGCACCAGUUGGCUUCGGAAAUAUCACGCUAAAAGAGCUCUAUCAUAUCGCAGAAGCUAAGUCACAGGACCCGCAGUGGAUUGGAGUACCACUGCGGACGAUCUGCUUAGCCGUUCUAGGAACGUGCAAAGGCAUGGGCAUCCGUGUAACGCGAGAACGACUGCAAGAGUUCAGCAAGCGCGAUGAAGUCCGAGUUUGGGACCUGGAGAAACUGAGAAAAGAGCUCCGCACACGAAAGAAAAACAAGGCCAGAGGCGCGGCAAAAAAGAAGUAAACAAAAACAUAAGUAGUAGUAAGGCUGGAGGUUCAUCAUUUUGGUUCCCCGGUGGGACGAAUGUAAAGAUGCGCUUGCGGUUCGUACUAUGGCGAAGUCUCUACAUGAUUCGCGGCAAAUGCGACGAGAAGAGGAUCGUUUGUUCUGCGG